AUGAGUAGAUCAACAAGAGACAUUGGCGGCAGACUGAAGAAGACGGGUGUGACCGAGAUCAAGCUCACAGGCAACUACACCAGAGCAGACAUCGAACGAAUCGCUCAGCGAGACAGCAACACGCUCCAACGCUACGGCGCCAACGCAAGAAUAGAGGUCGUGCUCGACUACGGCAACCAUCAAUAUCGAUCAGGCACAUUCACCAAGGUAGGCGAGCCGAUGAUCAUGUUUGAUCCUCAUGAGUAUGAUGGCGCUCCAAUCCCAGAGCCCGACACAUUCAAAUCGUUCUACAUCUACGUACAUCAAGCAAAGGGCAAGGCAGGCGGCUGCGACGGCAAAUGGAAUCACUGCCUCUACUACUGCCUCCACGACGCAUACCCAGAGCAGGUGACAGAGCACUUUUGA